UGCUCUGCUUGCGCCCUUGCCAGUCUCUCUCUCUCUCUCACCAGCCUCAUGGCGCGCUCCCAGAUGUCUUGCCCUCUCUUCCUCCUCUGCUCCCUCCUGCUGCUGCCCUCGGUGCUGCUGCAGGAGACGGUAGUACCUGGGGGCAUUAUCAAAAUACCCGUCACAAAUGAGGGGGUGAAGGAAGCCGCCGCUUUCGCCGUGGAGCAAUACAACAAGGGCAGCCAAAACGCCAAUUAUUUCAAGGAGCUGAGAAUUGUGAAGGCAAAGUCCCAGGUGGUUGCAGGUGUGAAAUACAUUCUUACGGUGGAAGUGGGGAAAACCGUGUGUGAAAAGAGCAUUGGGCCAAUGACAUUCAGCGAGAUCCAGAAAUGUGAACUGGCUCCACAAGAUCAGAGAGAGAAAGUGACCUGCAACUUUCAGGUCUGGUCCCGUCCUUGGCUGAAGGAGACACAGGUGGUAGGCUCGAGCUGUUUGUAAUCUGGAUGACCGAGGUGGACCUCACGGGCCGAGAACAACGCAGGCAAAUCAUUCUGCCAAGUGACCUCUUGGGCGCAGCCUGGUUUCUUCCAAAGAAGAUCCCAUGAGUGGCCAUUCGCAAAUCAUGAAUGAAAUGAUUCGUUGAAGUCCAAAUUCACCUUUUCUGAGUUUCUGGAAUUGUCCCAUGACAUACAUGGGGGACCUUUUUCCCGCUCCUCAAUUCCAUCCCCUUUUCUAUCCUCUUUGGGAAGACGAAUCAAGAUUUUGUUAAUCCGGUUAGUCUUAAUAAAGCUAUCAUCAUG